GAAAAUUGCACAAACACAAGUGCUGUGGUCUCUCCCUCUUCCUAUUGCUCGUAUCCUUUUCCCAAAUUUCCAAAAUCUUGUUUGCUAAAGAGUCAGACCUCAUUUUGUACCCUUCCGAUGAUAUUCGAUUCAUUUUGCUAUUUCUUUUCUUUACCUUUGACAACUGGUUUCUUAUGUUGAGAUUUUGCAGCCUACUUAUGGAAAAGCUAAUUGCUUGAAGUUUUUAGAAGCUCUUUUGUAGUUGCUGUGUUCUUUAGAGCUUAUAAAUAUAGUCCCAUUCCUCAUUCCUCUUCCAACAGAGAGCUUUGAGUCACUCUUCUCUUGGUGCCACUCACCAGUGAUGCUUAAACGAGGAGGAGGAGCCUCAAGUGUCAAAGCUCACUAACUAACCACAAGGCCAAAUCCACCAUUAAAAAAAAUAAACUCUCUUUCUCUCUCCCCAUCUGUCUAAUCCUUUUUAUAUAUUUCUUCACUUCACAACCCUACAAACCCACCAACAUUCUCGCUCGUCUUUGCUUGUAAAGAAAAUGCAAGCUCACCCAAUUUCCCCUUUCUUCUUCUUCAUCUUCUUCUGCUUCCCAUUCUUGCUCGAUGCGAGUUCAGCCGGUGCCAGGGUGCUGCUGGCCGGUGACGGUCCACUUACGCCAAAAGCAUAUCUUAUCCGGUACUGGGACAAGGAGAUCCACAGCAAUUUACCAAAAUCUCCAUUCAUUCUAUCCAAGGCCUCUCCAUUGAACGCCGUGGAUGCCGCCACUUUUACCAAACUCGCCUCGCAAAAUGCCCUCUCCACUAAGUUCUCCGCCUUCUGCUCCUCCGCCAAGCUCUUCUGCUUCCCCGAUUUAGCGCCCAGCCUCGAGAAGCACGAAGGAAACUCCAACUUUGCUGUCUACAGCAACAAGAACUUUACCAAUUACGGUUCGGAUUUGGUGAACGGAGUCGACUCGUUCAAGAACUAUUCAGAUGGAGAAAAUAUCCCCGUCGACUCUUUUCGGCGAUACGGCCGCGGCUCCAUUGAUCACAACGAAAAAUUUUCCACUUAUGGCCCUGACGGGAACGUCCCCGACCAAAGCUUCAACACCUAUGGUGCCCAUAGCAGCGGUGGCGCCAGCGACUUCAAGAAAUACAAUGAGCAAGUAAAUGUCCCAAAUCUUCGGUUCACAUCUUAUUCGGAUCACGGAAAUCGCAGGGCCCAAAAAUUCUCGAGCUAUACAGGGGAUACAAACUCCGGCGGUGAAUCUUUCUCCAGUUAUGGGAAGAACGGGAAUGCAAGCCCUAAUGAAUUUACGAGCUAUGCAGAGAACUCGAAUGUGAUUGGCUCAGAUUUUACGAAUUACGGCGAGAAUGAGAAUGGAGCUAAUGAUACCUUCAAGUCUUAUGGGUUCAAUGGAAAUGUUCCAGAGAACAAUUUCAAGAACUACGGCGCUGAAGGAACUGGUAGUUUUGAUACCUUCACCAAUUACAGAGAUGAAUCCAAUGUGGGUGACGAUUCCUUCCAAUCUUAUGCUAAAAAAUCAACUGGGGGAACUGUAAAUUUCAAAAUUUAUGGGAAAUCCUUCAAUGAAGGGUCUGAUACAUUUACUGGGUAUGGUGAAGGAGCAGAUAAGCCGAAGAUUGGGUUCAAGAUCUAUGGAGUGAACAACACUUUCAAAGAGUAUGCUGAUAAAAAGAGCGUAUCUUUUUCUGGGUACAGCAAAACAAGCUCCACUACUGCAUCUGAAGAAACUACUGCAAAGAAGGUCAGUGGUAGUUUGGUAAAUAAGUGGAUUGAGCCUGGCAAAUUUUUCCGUGAGUCUGAGCUCAAGAAGGGUAACGUGAUGCCAAUGCCUGACAUUAGAGAUAAAAUGCCUCAAAGGUCAUUUUUGCCCCGCACCAUCACCUCAAAAUUACCAUUUUCCACCUCCAAGAUCGCUCCGUUGAAGGAAACUUUCCACACUGCUGAUAAUUCAACCAUGGAGAAGAUAAUUAUGGACGCUCUUGACGAGUGCGAGAGAGCACCUAGCCCCGGCGAGACCAAGCGCUGCGUUGGCUCCGCCGAGGACUUAAUCGACUUCGCCACCUCCGUCCUAGGCCGCAAUGUGGUGGUUCGUACGACUGAAAACGUGAAGGGGUCAAAGAAGAAUAUCAUGAUCGGAUCGGUCAAAGGUAUCAACGGUGGUAGAGUGACCAAGUCAGUAUCUUGUCACCAGAGCUUGUUCCCGUACCUGCUCUAUUACUGCCACUCGGUUCCCAAAGUUCGGGUUUACGAAGCGGACAUCUUGGAUCGGAAUAGCAAGGCGAAAAUCAACCACGGCGUCGCCGUAUGUCACCUGGAUACUUCCUCUUGGAGCUCCACCCAUGGUGCUUUCUUGGCUUUAGGUUCGGGUCCGGGUCGGAUCGAGGUUUGCCACUGGAUAUUCGAGAAUGACAUGACUUGGACCACCGCCGAUGAAUAAGGUUGUAAAACUUGGGUUGUGUGAUUUGGGUUCGAACCGCAGGCUAAAAAGGGUUAGCCGACGGCUCGAUCUUUAGAGCUGGGUUAAAUUAAAAGUGUUUGUAAGUUGUGGGUUUGUUAUUUAUUAGCGACAAGGUUACGUCGUUUUGGGAAAAGCUUAUUAUUAUUGUCAAUUAUAAAUAUUUUGUCAAUAAUAAAUCUCUCAUUGAUGAUGAUGA